AUGAAGAUUAUUGGGGGGCUCCUUCUGCUCUAUACAGUGAUGCAUUUCUGCAGAAGCUCAGAAGCUGCCAAUCUGCCUUUAACAACAAUGGACUGCAGCAUUUAUAAGAAGUACCCAGUGGCAGUCAUCCCUUGCCCCAUCACAUACCUGCCGGUUUGUGGUUCUGACUACAUCACCUAUGGGAACGAAUGCCUCUUGUGUACUGAGAGCUUGAGAAGUAAUGGAAAAGUUCAGUUUCUUCAUGAAGGAAAUUGCUAA